GCCUUCUCUGACACUUCUCAUAAAUAUUACUAAGCUUUCAUCUAACGACUCACAGCAGAAAGUCACCUCUGCUUCGGGUUUGAACAAGCAUUUUUUUACCAGUCGUUGUUUAUCAGUUAAGAAGAGUAUUGUUUUUGUUGGUUUAGACUAUUUGUGUUCGGUGGCUUCUGGACUCGCUUGGUAAGACAGUCCGUCUGUUUUGGUGCGCCGCUACGGCAGUUUUCUACCCAACUUUGUGCGCCUUGUUGCGCUCUGCGCACCCGAGGAGUCGUUGCCUCUCGCAUGGUGUAGACGGCUCUCUAUCCGACUGUCGCGCUGCUGUCCACACAGCCAGGACUUUGUGAAACUCAACGUCCAUUACUUGCAGAUACUCCAAAAUCCAUCUUGAUAGCUGGAAUUUUAUAAUCCUUGGAAAAUAUACAGUUGACCGACUCAGGAGUCAGGACUUUACAUACAUCUAUUGGUUUCAGCGAAAACUGUAGAUUUAAUGUUUUGAUAUCGUUCAGCUGAUGCUUUUGCACAGACAGAGGAUUUUGAUUCUGAAAAUAGAAAAUAAACGACAGUGUCCACGAUGAGCAAACCCGCCGGUUCAACAAGUGGGUGUUUGGAUAUUCUGAAUGUUAAAUCAAGUCGUAUCUUGGAUAUCCCGUGUAAAGUGUGUGGGGACCGGAGCUCUGGGAAACACUAUGGCGUGUACGCGUGUGACGGCUGCUCUGGCUUCUUCAAGAGGAGCAUCCGCAGAAACAGGACAUACGUCUGUAAAUCAGGUUCUCAGGGAGGAUGCCCCGUGGACAAAACGCACAGAAACCAAUGCCGAGCGUGCCGUUUGAAAAAGUGUCUUGACGUGAACAUGAAUAAAGACGCCGUUCAGCACGAGAGGGGUCCCAGGACUUCCACCAUACGCAAGCAGGUCGCCCUAUAUUUCCGGGGGCACAAAGAGGUGAACGGUUCAUCGACCCACUUCCCGGGCUCGAGCCUACCCGGGCCGCCGUUUUUCACUACGGUCACGCAAUUGGAGCCACAUAACUUGGAAAUGAGCACCGUAGCCAGCACGCCGGAGAGGCAGUCCAUCGUUGGACUGGCCCAGCCCACCCCGAAGUACCCUCGCGAGGUCAGCGGCACGCCCAUGUACCUCUACGAGGUCGCUACGGAGUCCGUGUGUGAGUCAGCUGCGCGCCUGCUCUUCAUGAGCAUCAAGUGGGCCAAGAGCGUUCCCGCCUUCUCCACGCUCCCCUUACCUGACCAGUUGAUCCUGUUGGAGGACGCCUGGAGGGAACUGUUUGUUCUGGGCAUAGCGCAGUGGGCCAUUCCGGUGGACUCCAACACCCUGCUCGCUGUUUCCGGUAUGAACACAGACAACACAGAGUCCCAGCGGUUGAAUAACAUCAUCUCAGAAAUUCAAGCCCUGCAGGAGGUCGUUACUCGCUUCAGACAACUGCGUCUGGACGCAACCGAGUUCGCCUGUUUGAAGUGCAUCGUCACGUUCAAAGCUGCUGUGCCAACGCAUGGCGGGUCAGAGUUGAGGAGUUUUCGCAACGCCAGUGCCAUCGCUGCACUACAGGAUGAGGCACAGCUCACCCUAAACAGUUACAUACACACCAGAUAUCCAACUCAGCCCUGCCGCUUUGGGAAGCUGCUUCUGCUUCUACCAGCUCUGCGGUCAGUCAGCCCGUCCACCAUAGAGGAAGUAUUUUUCAAGAAGACCAUCGGGAAUGUGCCCAUCACAAGGCUCUUGUCUGAUAUGUACAAAUCAAGCGAUAUAUGAGUUUAUUUCCCCUGCUUCUGAGUGUCUGCAAAUGCUCAGACACAAAUGUUCUAAUGGGCGCAUGGCAAGUUGAACUUUAAGAACCGAGUAAUUUGUAAAUUACAUGCAUAUUGAAGACAGUAAAAAAAGCUUGAUUUUACCAAGUAGAACAAUCAUCUUUGGGUUAGGCUUAAGUUUUGAGGAUGUCAUUUCCCUAAUAGAAUUGCCUAGCCAAUUUAAGUAGGUUACAAUUUCACAAAAUACUGCAAUCUCUGGUUUUUACAAAAUAAGGAUAAUCUUCAAUUGUAAAGACUUUAACAGUGGAAUGAGCUGUCCAUAAUUGAUGAACCUAUAAAAAUGUGGAGAUGUU